CCCUCCCCCGGCCGCUGGCUCGCUCGGCUCGCAACGCUGCAGAGGCUCCGAGGCGGCGGCGGCGGCGCGGCGACUCCCUCUUUCCCUCCCUCCUUCUUCGUCCGUCUGUGCGUCUGUCCGUUCGGCCUCGGUCCGGCCCGCAGCAUGGCCGGCGUCAGCUUCAGCGGCCACCGCCUGGAGCUGCUGGCGGCGUACGAGGAGGUGAUUCGGGAGGAGAGCGCGGCCGACUGGGCUCUGUACACAUAUGAGGAUGGCUCAGAUGACCUCAAGCUUGCAGCGUCAGGAGAUGGGGGCUUGCAGGAGCUCUCUGGCCACUUUGAGAACCAGAAGGUGAUGUAUGGCUUCUGCAGCGUCAAGGACUCCCAGGCUGCUCUGCCGAAAUACGUGCUCAUCAACUGGGUUGGCGAAGAUGUGCCUGAUGCCCGCAAAUGUGCUUGUGCCAGUCACGUGGCUAAGGUGGCCGAGUUCUUCCAGGGUGUCGAUGUGAUCGUGAACGCCAGCAGUGUGGAAGACAUAGAUGCGGGCGCCAUCGGGCAGCGGCUCUCCAACGGGCUGGCACGGCUUUCCAGCCCCGUGCUGCACCGACUGCGGCUACGUGAGGAUGAGAACGCCGAGCCGGUGGGCACCACCUAUCAGAAGACUGAUGCAGCUGUGGAGAUGAAGCGGAUUAACCGCGAGCAGUUCUGGGAGCAGGCCAAGAAGGAGGAGGAGCUGCGGAAGGAGGAGGAGCGGAAGAAGGCUCUGGAUGAGAGGCUCAGGUUUGAGCAGGAGCGGAUGGAGCAGGAGCGGCAGGAGCAGGAGGAGCGGGAGCGGCGCUACCGGGAGCGGGAGCAGCAGAUCGAGGAGCACAGGAGGAAACAACAGACUUUGGAAGCAGAGGAGGCCAAGAGGCGGUUGAAGGAGCAGUCCAUCUUUGGUGACCAGCGGGAUGAGGAGGAAGAGACCCAGAUGAAGAAGUCAGAAUCGGAGGUAGAGGAGGCAGCAGCCAUUAUUGCCCAGCGACCUGAUAACCCACGGGAGUUCUUUAAGCAGCAGGAAAGAGUCGCAUCGGCCUCCGUAGGCAGCUGUGAUGUGCCCUCACCCUUCAACCACCGACCAGGCAGCCACCUGGACAGCCACCGGAGGAUGGUGCCUACCCCGAUCCCUGCCCGGAGCCCAUCUGACUCCAGCAUGGCCUCUACCCCUGUCACUGAGCAGAUCGAGCGGGCCCUGGAUGAGGUUAUGUCCUCGCAGCCUCCACCACUGCCACCACCACCCCCAGCAGCCCAAGAGACCCAGGAGCCCAGCCCCGGCCUGGAUAGUGCAGAGACCUGCAAGGAAGCCAGAGCAGCAGACCCUCAGGCCUGGGCCAGCCCCCUGGAGGAGUCCCCUCAGGCACCAGAGCCUCCCCAGGGCCAAGGCAGCCCCACGGAGGACUUGAUGUUCAUGGCGUCUACAGAGCAGGCAGUCCUGGCUGCCUCUCUAGAGCCUGCCAUGGCUGGAGCCUCUGUAGCUGACACCCCAGCAGCUGAUGCCAUUGAAACCGACACUGCCGCUGCUGACACCAGUGUUGCCAACACCGUCACCCCUGCCACUGCCAGCCUCAUUGACCUAUGGCCUGGCAAUGGGGAAGGGGCCUCUGUACCCCAGGCUGAGCCUAGGGCCCCCACACCACCCUCAGGUGCCGAAGUCACUCUGGCAGAAGUGCCCCUGCUGGACGAGGUGGCUCAGGAGCCACUGCCGCCGGCAGGUGAAGGCAGUGCCAACCUUCUCAAUUUUGAUGAGCUGCCUGAGCCACCAGCCACCUUCUGUGACCCAGGGGAGGAAGUAGAAGGGGAGCCCCUGGCUGCUCCCCAGGCUCCAACUCUGCCCUCAGCUCUAGAGGAGCUGGAUCAGGAGCCGGAGCCGGAGCCAGAGCUGGAGCCAGAGCCCCACCUGCUGACCAAUGGCGAGACCACCCAGAAGGAGGGGACCCAGGCCAGUGAGGGGUAUUUCAGCCAAUCACAGGAGGAGGAGUUUGCCCAAUCGGAAGAGCUGUGUGCAAAGGCUCCGCCACCUAUGUUCUACAACAAGCCUCCAGAAAUCGACAUCACCUGCUGGGAUGCAGACCCAGUACCGGAAGAGGAGGAGGGCUUCGAGGGUGGCGACUAGCGGUGAUGCUUGCCCUCAGGCUGCCCUCGCCAAGGCCGCCCACCUGCGCCGGCCUCUGGCCAGACGGCCCGCAGUGCCUGCACUUGCAGCAGCUCCGCCUGGCACCCACUCUGGAUUCCGGCCCUGGCCGGGGACUUGGCCGCUUCCCUACCCACAGGGCCCUACUUUUACAGCUUUUCUCUCUUUUUUAAAGUUGAUAGGAGACUUGUACAGUUGACUGGUUUUCCUCCCGUUGGUAGUUGAGAUGCUGUUGCAAAUUCCACCCCCUUCCCACCCGGUCCAGAUUGUAGCUCUUAGUCCUCCCUGCUCACUCAGCUGGCCGGGGUGGAGGCCUCACCCUGCUUGGGGCCUGGCGUGGGGGGAAGUUCUGGUGGGAAAAUGUUCCCCCCACCUCUUUUCCUAGUUUUCUGUUUCUUGGAAAAAUAUCACUUUGUAUUCUCUGUCCAGGGCUUCAGAUAUUUUGCACGAAUUUUAAAACAUGGCAAUAAAUGGCUCGUGGGCUCUGGCUCCCUGGGACCCGCCCCCUCCCCCCUUCUCUUGACCCCUCCCCACCUGGCCCGAAGGAAGUAGCAGGCCCAGCUGGGGCCUCUCAGCUUCCUGGCCCUUUCCUGCCCCCUCCUGCUGGGCAGGUCCCAGGCUGGAGGCCCUAGGCGUGAUUCAGGUCAGGGCUAUGGGUGGCCCCUUUCCACCUCCUCCCUCUUUGCUUGGGUUCCUUUUUCACGUUCAGUAACUGUUUUUUGGAAAGCACAAACUUCUGUAACAGGUCGUGCUCAUGUCUGUUAAUAAAGAAAUCCAGAUCCC